GGGUAAGUAUUCCCGGUGGCUUGGACCGAGGAGCUUGGACCCGGCGAAGGAUCAAGUGAGGCAGGCAGGGGUAGGCGAUCAAGAUCGCAAAAGAGUAGAUGACAGCUUAAUUGGCAACACUGGUUACCGUUUAGUAAUUUGUAAAUGCUAGUGAAAAGGGGGAAGAUAUUCUAGUCAACUAAACCCCCCCUCAUCCGUGCAAAGAUGAAAUUCUUCGUCGUUGUCGCCCUGGCCCUAGUUGCCGCCGUUGCCGCCCAGGAUAAGUACACCACCAAGUACGAUGGUGUCGAUCUGGACGAGAUCCUGAAGUCGGACCGUCUGUUCAACAACUACUACAAGUGUCUGAUGGAUACUGGCCGCUGCACCCCGGACGGUAACGAGCUGAAGCGCAUCCUGCCCGACGCCCUCAAGACCGACUGUGCCAAGUGUAGCGAGAAGCAGAAGAGUGGCACCGAGAAGGUGAUCAACUACCUGAUCGACAACCGCAAGGACCAGUGGGAGAACCUGCAGAAGAAGUACGACCCGGAGAACAUCUACGUCAACAAGUACCGCGAGGAUGCCAAGAAGAAGGGCAUCAACCUGUAAGGAGUGUGCGCUAUGUUUUUGUUAGUGUCACAAACAAACGAUCUGGACCGCUUGCGCAACGAAAUGGGACGUGCGAGAUAAUGUUUAGGGACUGAAUUGACCGUACCGGGCAGGUAAACUGCAUACCAGAACCAAGUGCCUCUUUACUUACAUUCGCAAAACACACACACAAACACAAACCUACAUAACCUACAGCUCAGAACAGCAGUGUUAGUUAGGCCGACGUUUCCAGCCUGCGAAGAGAGAGAG